ACAAGUAGAUUGUCCCUUUGCCAUAAUAUGAAUUAUAAGUUGUCCUAAUGUCAUAAUGUUUUCUGUAAACCCAAUUAAACCCCUAAUCUAAUCUUUUAAACGUUUUUGUUAAUUUAAUUAUGUUAAAAAAAUAUUAUUAUUAUUUUUAAUUAAUUUAAUUAUUAAAAAAAAAAUACAAAAGGGGAAAAUCGACCAAAAUUUCCCCCAAGCUCGACGAACCCUAAUUGCUCUCUCCUCCUUUGGCGACAGAGAGAAAGGACGAUUUGAAGGGGAUCUCGCCGUCGCCGGUGUCGUUUUGGCCGGUAAUACUCCGCCGGUGUUCUUCUUCUUCUUAAUCGAAGUCUCAGAGACCUCGUCUCACUUCGCGACUCGUUCUCAAUUAAGUCGCCGAAGACCGCUGAAGCUCGUACCUCGCCGAUAACUGAACUCGUGCCUCACCGCUCCGCUCUCACUCUCUCAGCCAUAGUUUCAAGCAAACCAAUCGAUUCUCCUCAGGUUUGUUUAUGAAUUUUUUUGCAUGUCUUUGUAUCUCUUACUUGAGCUUGUUUAAGAUCGAUUUUGAAUGUCAUAAGUUUCGAUUCUUUUUUCUGUGAAUUAUUAUUUAGGCUUCAAUCUUAUCAAAAUUUCCUACUUUUUUGAGCUUUGGUUAAUUUGUUUUUGUAGCAACCGAUCUCUAGUGAUUGUGUUUCUUAUCAAAAUUUCCUACUUUUUUGAGCUUUGGUUAAUUCUCUUGUUUUAUCUUGUGAAUUAUAUUAUGAUGCAUGCGUUUAUAAAUAUUGACUGUAGUGAUUGUGUUUCUUGCAUUGUUUAUAGGUAUGACAAUUGAUCAGUUGCCUAAAUGCUUAUUCAAAGAGGGAACUGAAACACAAGUUGAGAAGGUCAACAACAGUUGUCGAACUUCCAUACUUGCGAAGGUGGCGAAGUACUGUCCAGACGAGUACAAAGAAGUGUCGGAGGAUCCGCUAUUUGCUCAGAUUGUGGCCAUUCAUGUACACAAGCUUCAGUUUUCGGCAAGAGCGAUCCACACCUUCGUUUGCAAGCAGCUUCUGUCCGCAAAGCGUUAUGAGUUGUGGUUCCAUUAUGCUAGGAGGCCUCUCAGAUUUUCAAUGCAAGAAUUCUAUGCCAUCACAGGUUUGAAAUACAAAGACGAGCCCGACUUGGAGAUUGAUGACUGGGCAUAUGAUGGAGGGUUUUGGAGUAAGUUGCUAAGGAGACAGAAAAAUAUUUCGGUUCAGCAAAUCAGGAAGGUUCAUGUGAAGUUGUGUAAUACAUGGUCUCGUGUUGAUAGGCUGCGGUUGGUCUAUUUGUGUGUGAUUGCUGGUAUUCUUAUGGCGAAGGAUGAGAAGGUGUGGAUCCCAUACAAGUACAUCAAGCUCGUGAUGAACUUCGAGAAGAUGAGGAAAUAUCCGUGGGGUCUUCACUCUUUUGAUAUGCUGGUGAGUUCCAUUAUCAACGCUAGGGAUAAAGUGAAGACGCAAAACAGUUAUGUCGUAGAUGGAUUCUCGUAUGCACUUCAGAUUUGGUUGAUGGAAGCUGUUCCGGACAUUGGGUCUCUUUUGGGUCAGAAACUGAGAGAAGGCGUGACUACCAUGAGGUGCAGGAAUUGGAAAGGAUCUGCUAAGAUUUCCUAUGAGGAUAUUAUUACCAUAGAGUCUAAUUUUGCUUCCACCGGAGAUGUGUUUCCAUCCAUUUCUACAUCUGGAAAUUUCAAAGACGUGAUUACUGAUGCCGAGUUUGUUCGAGCCUGUGAGAUGAAGGAUGAAAGAGUUGAUCUAAUCAUUGACAUGCAGCGAAACAAGUAUGACUGGAGUAAGCAUGUUUGGGCUUAUAAGGAAACAGUGAAACCAUUUCAGUACAGUUCUGAGGAAGAUGGUUCAGAUGAGGAAGCGGCUGUAGAGACAAGUGAAACUGAAAUUGAAGAAGAAAUAGAAAGCACCCGUGUGUCUCCUACUAAGAAGAGGAAGAACAGGUUUCGGGAUACUGGUGCGGAGUCGAGGAAGAAGAGGUUACUUUGCCAAAGAUCAACCGAGAAAUAUAGAGAUCUUGAAGAGGAAAUGAAGUCCUAUAUCCAGAGUAUGUUUAACUCUUCUUUUACUGCCUUAGGCCUCGAGGUACGCGAGAUUAUUGAAGACCGCUUUACCAAAUUAGAGGAGAAGAUCCUUUCAUCUCAGACUCAGGGUGGUGCGCCUGCUAAUACUCAGACUCGUGGUACUGAUCCGUUUUGGACUCCUUCUGCUGCUGCUGCUGCUGCCACUGCUCCGGCUUCGGUUUCUGGUCGUCCUCCUGCUCCUACUCGGGCUUCUACCGAAGCUCCUGCAUCAGUUUCUACUCGUGGUCUUGCUCCUUCUCGCAGUGCGGCUUCUGCUCCUUAUCGCAGUCGAGCUUCUGCGACUGCUCACAAUGGUGGGCCUGCGAAUGCUGCGAAGACAAGGUCUCAGACAAAGGUAAACAAGAAGUAG